AUGUCGAUCAACAUCGUGGUUUACCUGACGUCAGUACUGAAUGAAAACAAUGCCACUGCAGCCCAGAAUGUGAAUGCCUGGUCGGGCACAUGCUAUUUAACUCCUCUCCUGGGUGCAUGGGUCGCCGAUACCUUCCUCGGGCGUUUCUGGGCCAUCUUUUCUGGUUCCAUCAUCUACAUGCUGGGCCUCACUGGCGUCACCAUCUCCGCCGGCCUCCCCUCCCUGACGCCGGCGCCGGGGGAGCAGCCCACCGCUCACCAGCUCUCCUUCUUCUGGGGGUUCAUGUACCUGGUGGCAAUCGGCACCGGCGGCAUCAAGCCCUGCGUGUCCACCUUUGGCGCUGACCAGUUUGACGAGGAUGACCCUGCGGAGCUGGCCAUGAUCCCACGCUUCUACAACUGGUUCUAUGCAUUCAUCAACAUCGGCGCCUUCCUGGCCUGCACGCUCAUCGUCUGGGUCCAGACGGACGUCAGCUGGACGAUUGGCUUCCUGAUCCCCACCGUCUCCUUCGCCAUUGCCAUCGCCGUCUUCCUCGCCGGCUCCAAAUGGUACCGCCGCAAGCCUCCAGGCGGCAGCGCCCUGACGCGCUGGUUCCGCGUCAUCGCCGGCGCGUUUGCCCACUGGCGGGCCGCGGUCCCUGAGGUCGCUCGGCUCCUGCACGAGGUGGACACGCCCAUGAGCAUCAUCCCCGGCCAGACCAGGAUGAUCCACACCCCUGAGUUCCGCUGGCUGGACAAGGCGGCCACGCCGGUCGAGGCCGCCGGCGUGCGCGACCGCUGGCUGGUGAUCGUCACCGAGGUGGAGGAGCUGAAGUGCAUGGUGCGCCUGCUGCCCUCCAUGGCGAUCCUCGCCGUCUACUUUGCCAUCUACGCCCAGAUGUCCACGCUCUUCGUCUUGCAAGGCUCCGCCAUGGACCGCCACCUGGGCUCCUGGGUCGUCCCCGCCACCAUGGUCAACGUGCUGGACUCCACCUCCGUCCUCAUCUGGGUCCCCAUCUUUGACCUGGGCAUCGAACCCUACUUCAGGCGCAUCGGCCGCCCCAUCUCCCGCCUCACGCGCAUGGGCGUCGGCUUCGGCAUCGCCAUCCUCUCCAUGGUCUGUGCUGCCCCGGUGGAGAUUUUUCACUUGAAGGCGGUCAGGGCCAACAACCUGCAGAUCCCGCAGUACUUCCUGGUGGGCAUGUCGGAGGUGUUCGCCUCCGUCGGGUCCCUGGAGUUCUUCUACUCCCAGUCCCAGGAGGCCAUGCGCUCCAUCGCCUCCGCGCUGAGCCUCGUGGCCGCCGCCGCCGGCAGCUACCUGGCCGUGAGCCUCGUGGCCGCCAUCACCAGCGUGUCCACGCGCGGCGGCGCCACCGGCUGGGUGGCCAACAACCUGAACCAGGGCCACAUCGACGACUUCUUCUGGCUGCUGGCGGUGCUCAUGGGCGUCGCACUCCUGGCCUACAUCCCCAUCUGCUACACGUACCGCUAUCGCCAGGACCCGGCCGUGGGCUUCGCCCUCGCCGCAGCAGCAGACAGGGAGCGGGACCUGGGCAUCGCAGCGGCGGGGGCCGACGACCUGGCCAAGGUGUCUUCUCGCGUCGUGGUCGACCGUGCCCCGAAGCGAUCCUCCUUCGUGCCGCCGGUGCACGCCUUUGAGAUUGCGCCCGUAUCUCUGGGUGUGAAGGGAGGGUCCUUAUCCACCAAGCCAUCCGAAAACUGA